AUGUUAAGCAAAGAAGACGUUGAAAAAAUGAAUGUUAAAGAGUUACAAAAGGAACUCUCAAAUUUUGGAUUAGAUACAAAAGGAAAGAAAGCAGAGUUACAAACUAGAUUAUUGGAACAUAUAAAUAAAAAUGGUACAUCCUCUCCAUCAUCAAUUACAUCAACAACACAAAAAACAGAUUCCACAUCAACGGUUGUGGCAAAUGAAUCGACAAAAACUAAUAUACCAACAACCACCACUACAACAACCACACCAACACAAAAUACAACUGCAGCAACAGCAGCAAAACCACAAACUAAUGCUAAUGAAAAUAAUAUAGAUGUAUCAACAAUGACAGAAGAAGAAAGAAGAAUUCAUAGAUUAAAUAAAUUUACACAAGGUGGUGGUGGUGCAACAGCAUCAGCAUCAGCAACAAGUGCAACAACAACAACAACAACAUCAUCAUCAUCAUCAUCAUCACCAUCAUCAAAAAAUAAAAUACCAACAGCAGCAGCAUUAGAAGAAGAGAAAAGAAAAAGACUAUUAAAAUUUGGAACUGCACCAAUUUCAAUCACAUCACCACCACCCCUACCAGAAACUAAAGUGAAAGUACAAAAAUCUAAAAUUCAUGUUAAUAAAAAAGAGGAAAUCUAUGGUUCAGUCAAUGAAAUUGUUGAUAGAAAAAAGAAAUUCGGACUUUCUUCACCACCAACAAAAUCAACUACUACUGCUGUUAACACUACUAAUGGUUCAUCAUCAUUAUCAGUUGAAGAAAGAAAAAAGAAAUUUGCAAAAUAA